AUGGUCUUGAGAUUCUCCAAACUCGUGUCCCUGAGAACUAAAGACGUCUACAGGAGAGUUGAAAGGGCAAUCAAAGAGUUUUCGGAGAAUCUCCAACGUGAAGUUCAUCAAACCCCGCAGUUACCAUCUCGGACCCCCAAACCAGCCUAUGCCAGAGUUCCUGCUCAGAAUAACGGAGGCAGGCCCAAGGUCUUUGUCCGUGACUUUUCUACAUAUUCACCUCCACAUUGGCGCUAUUCGUUCAGAUUAACACCACAUAGGCCCAUCGUGCAUCCGCUCAAAAGAUCGUCACAGGUUUUGAGAACGUUAAAUCACGGAUUCGUGUUCAAGAACUUUUCAGAAACUUACCAAAACAGCUUCCGUUUGAAAAUGUACCACCAGGGCUUGAGAAUGACCUACAAGUUGUUUUUCCUGAAUUUGAGAGCUUUCCACAAGUCCUCGGCUAGUUACAAGAUUGCAAAACCCAUGGCUCGUGCUGAAGCAGUGGACAGUAACAAUGACUCCGUUAGCAGCCAUCUUGAUUUUCCAGUCAACUUUAGCAUAGGCGUUCACAACAAGACAUAUCUCACAGGAGACGUGUUGGAUGACAUAUUCUUUAGCAUUGCCGCUUUCCAGAACAAACUCAAUGAAGUAAAGAGCAAUUUGAAAAAGGUUUUUGAGUUGGGAGAACUCCCCAUUCAAUACCUCGCGGAAGCCAAAGUGCUUCGUGUAUAUUUCCCCAACUGUGAUAAGGAGAGGUUGGAGAACUUGUGCAGGGAAAAAGAGGUUACUGCAGGUGUGAUUGUGGAGAAAGCUACGAGUGCUGAGGCUUCUCGCCAAGCUCCCAUGAGUCCAACUUUUGAAGACAUUCUGAGUGGUAGUUUUGACUUUAGCUGCAGUAGCGACGACAUCUUGAGUUCCAGCUCAAGUGAGCUAGACAUUCAUUUGACAGACAGUGUAGUUCGGCCGGUCCAAGUUGCUGUUGAUGGGAAUGUGAGCAUCAACGAAGAAUACCACUGGGUAUCUAUUUAA